CAGAUCUGAAAAAUAUGUGAUCGGUCAAAACAAUUGGGCUGCUUGUGUAAACGCAGCCUUAGUUCCUCUAAUCACCAUCAGUGACAGUUUGGUUCAGGAAAUAACACAAAUGGGCACAGGCUGCUAAAGGUAGAUGUUCCAGAGUCUGUCUGAGCCAAGCAGCAAUUGACAGUCUGUGUGUAGGUUAGAUCAACAGGAAGGACAGUACGGUCAUUGAAGUUCAAGUGAAACCCAGGUGUAAAGGAGACUACACUCUGCCAGAAUGACAGAUGCUCAGAAUUACUCCAUGCCCACAGAGUCUCAGGAUGCCCUGAACUCUAACCUGCCACCCCCUUACCCCCAUGGGGAAACUCAAGUGGACCCCAUGCCACCAUACAUACCACCGCCCUACUCUGCAGCUCCAUCCAUGUAUCCUCCAUCCCCCUACCCCCCAGUCCUGUACCCACCACAGGCAGGGGUAGACAUGGGAACUCUCCCCCCUGGAGAGUGUAACCCUUUGGGAGAACCAGGAUCGUCUUCACCAGAGGCAGACGCCGCCCUAUUGGUGUCAUCUUUUGAUGACAAGACCAUAAGGAAGGCGUUUAUCAGAAAGGUGUUCAGUGUCGUGACCCUGCAGUUGCUGGUGACCUUCAGCAUCGUGUGUGUGUUCACGUUCUCCAGUGUGGUGAGGGCGGCGGUGCAGAGCAACAUCUGGAUCUACCUCAGCUCAUACAUCCUGUUUGCUGUGGUGGCCAUCUCCCUUAGCUUCUCCAAUUCCUUCAGCAGAAGCCAUCCCUGGAACCUGGUGGGACUGUCAGUGGUCACUCUCACCCUAUCUUACUUGGUCGGCACUGUGGCCUCAUUUCACAAUACCACUGCUGUAGUCAUCGCCAUGGGAGCAACAGUGGCGAUCUCCUUCACCAUCAUCAUCUUCUCAGCCCAGACUCGAGUGGACUUCACAAUUUGUAAUGGCAUCCUGCUGGUGCUGGCAGUGGACCUUCUCAUGUUCAGCUUCUUCUGCUGUUUCUUCUACUCCAAUGUGCUGCAGAUAGUCUAUGGAUCUCUGGGAGCCCUGCUCUUCUCACUGUUCUUGGCGAUUGACUGCCAGCUGGUGAUGGGCAGGCAGAAGUACGCUCUAGAUCCAGAGGAGUAUGUGUUUGCUGCCCUGAUCCUGUACCUGGACAUCAUUAACAUCUUCCUCUAUCUGCUCAUCAUAAUGGGAGGCUCCAGCAAAUAGUCAACACCUGGCAGAAACCUACAAUGACACACAUAUGUAGCUAUAGUCCGUAGCACUCCAAACUAGAGCUGGGCAAUAUUGACAAAAAUCCAUAUCGCGAUAAAUUGCAUGAAUUGAUGCGAUAACGAUAAAUAGAAUGAUACGUUUAUAACAAUGUGCGCCAUUCUUUUUUGUAUCCUUUAAAACUACUACUACUAGUUUGAUGGUUGCAGUCAUCAAUUGUCCCAUUAACAAUCAUCCAUAUUAGCAAACUUAUUUAGUUUCAAACAUCACAUUUCUUGAGCCUUUGGGUCCAGGCUUGUAGGGGGCCCAAGAGGCACAAAAAAAAGGAAAUACAUACAGUAUAUAUAGGUAAAAUAUACAUAUUUUUUACUACAACCACCAAACACAGGACUCAGGAGCCCGCUCUCAAUGAAUAUAGACAUCCUUCUGCCACUCUGCUAAUCAUCAGAUGGGGGAAGAGAGGAAGUAGGGGGCCCACAUGUGUAAAACACUUUAGUUGCCCCGCUACACAUUUUGCCAUGGGGCGGAGAGUCAUUUUUGCAGUUUUAAAGCUAAUUACCUGCAAUUCUACACAUUUUGCCAUGACUUAUGCCAUGUUAAUGAUAUCUCAGUGAGAGUGAAUAACAAAAUCAAAGGAGGCCCCCAGGAGGUCAGGGCCCCUGGGCAUGUGCCCUGCAUGCAGCCAUGAUUAUUACAGGAUUAGAUAGUCUAGCCAGCUAACUUGUCUAAAAAGUGUUAGCUGACAUGGCUUAUUGAAUGACUGUCAGUAAACAGGUUUCCAUCCAAUAUUUUUUUGCAAGAAAAAUACAUGUCACAUAAAACAUUUUAUGACAGGCCUGAUGGAAACAGCAAAUUUGUUGGUAAACUUUCCAAAUGUUGACUAAACUAAAUAUGCUAGACAAGGUGGGAUCUUUUUGUGUCGGUAAAAUUAAUAAUGCGCGAAAUGGCAGUGGAAACUCUUUUAAGCACAAAUAUAAUAGCCAUCAUAUCGAUGUAGACUUGAAGUCAUGCGAUGACAUGUUGUGUUAUUCUCCCACUACGACUUGGGAAACCAUGCAGUUUAUUAGGCAACAAGUUAAAUAAAUUCUGAUGAACUUUACAGGGUGGUGAAAGUGCAAGGUGAUGAGCUUUAUGCUCCUUUCCAAUAAAUACAAUGGUUCUUAUUCUGGUGACAUGAUGAUAGAUGCUUAGCUGCCGUUUGACAAAUAAAAUAAUCUUGCUCUUUAGUCCAUAUUAAUAACACCAUGUAGGCUACACACACAUUGUAUAUACAGUGCAUUCGGAAAGUAUUCAGACCCCUUCGCUUUUUCAACAUUGUUACGUUACAGCCUUAUUCUAAAAUUGAUACAUUUAAUUUUUCCCUCA